AAAUAUUAAAAACAAAAAUUUAAUAUGGCAAAUAAAAUUCAAGGAUUGGAUUUCAGGAAUAAAAAUAUUAUUUUACAUAUAAACUCAGCCUAUGGAUUUGGUUUAGUUAAAGGAUCUAUUAUAAUUUACGCAACAUUGAUGGACCAAAAAUAUCAAACAGCUAUAUUUCCAGUCAAUCAAAAUGAACUGAAAUUUGCCUCAGAUAUUAUAUGGUGUAUAAAUAAUGAUACAUUAAAAAAGUUAAAAAUGUCUAAUGCAUCUAUACGAAUUGAAUGUUUUCGUAUUCCAAAUGACAAAUCAAGUUUAAAUGAAAAGCUUGGUUAUCUUUUAUUAAAAGUAAAAGGUGCUCAAACUAUUAAUCCAACAUCCAAUGAUCGUAUAGAAAAUAACUCAUACAAAUUAAUAGGAUCAAAAAACUGUAGUUAUAAUCUAAAUUUAUCAUUACGAAUUGAAGAUUUAAAUGAUAAAGCUAUUGAAAAAUCACCAGUAAAAACCAAAAACUCAAAUUUGGUAAUUAAUAAGAAUACAAUUGUCGAAAAUUGUUCGGAAAAAAUAAAAGAUGACAAACAUUUUAAAGAAAACAUUGAAAUUGAUUUAUCAAAACCCAAUGUAAAUAUGGUCGAACAAAUUGAUGUUUCAUUAGAAAAAUAUGAACAGCAAGAUGGAUGCACUUAUGAUAUUCAGCAAAAAUUAAUUGAAGAAUUGGAAGAUUGGAAAGACAAACAAAUGAUAUUAUUUAAUGAAAAAAUGAAAACAAAGGAAGAACAACUAUUAAAAGAAUUUAACAAUAAAUGGUCUAGUGAUAGAAAACGCAUUGAAGAUGAACUUACUUAUGUUAUGUCCAAAUGUAAAACAUUAGCUAAGGAUUUAGACAAAAUGUCUGAUAUGUUAAAAGAAAGAGAUGCAAUUGUAACAGCUAAAGAACUAGAAUUAGCUUGUCAAAAAGAUAGUAUGGACAAAAAGUAUAUUGGAUUAAUGCAAAAUGCACAUUCUUCUAAUUCGCAAACAAUUAAUGAGCUAAAUAAUAAAAUUUUUGAAAUGGAAAAAAAAUUAAAUGAAUCUAAAAAAAUGAAUAUUUUACUAAGGAAAGAAAACGAAGAACUGAAGUAUAAAAACAAUUGUGGUUUUCAUGUACAAGAAUUAGAGAAAAAAAUUUCAAAUUUAGAGAGUAAACUUGAAGAAGCUAAUAAUUCUUGUAUGCUCUUCAAAGAGCGGUGGAUAGCAUCUGUAAGAAAAAUUAACCAAAUGUACACCAAAUUUCAUGAAACUAAAACUGAUGAUCAUUUGUUUAGCAAUAGACAAAAUAUUCAAAAUAUAUUAAGUAAUCAACUGAUAGAUCGUCAACACGAUGAAGAAAAACUAAGAACACUCUUAAACGAUAUAAGUAAAUUACGGCAAGAUAUGGCCAACACUAAUUAUUAAUUUAACUGAUGUAAAAUUUGAAAUG